GCUGUUCCCUAUAUUUCUCCUUCGUUUUAAUUCUACCGUCUGUCAUUUCCCGCAUGCUCCGGAAGCGGAGCAGGAUUAAUCCAAAUCUUGACGAUCGCGCUCCGAUCAUGGUGAUUGUAAUUCAAAGAGUUUGACAUCCUCGUUGAAGUUAAAAUGCGGUGAACGAUUAGUCAAAUCUCAGUCUAAUUACGAUUUAGGAUGAUUAGGGCAAUUCUAACCAAGAUCUUGACUGCUCUUCAAGCUGUCGAUGCAAUGUCAGAAUCAUCUUUGUCAUCGAGUGGGCUAAUCGCGAUUAACGGAUAUUCGAUCUGUAGCUGUUUGAAUGCUUGUUUGCGUCUGUCUAUUUGCUCCAAGUAGAUAUGAUCGAUGUAAAAAGGCUGCUUGCAUUUGACAAACGGUUGAACAAAUUUACUCCUUUCAUCUAUAUAUCUUCACAAUGUGAGAAGAAGAAAGCAUUGAUCAAAGUCUUGCAAGCCGCUAAAAGCGGAAAUGAAGCGGAGUUCAGCCGACUAUUGCAGGAAUUGAGAAAGAGCCGUAAGAGGAAGACGAGGAAAUCGAAAGAUUCUAGACUCGGAAUAACAUCGACGCCAUUGCAUAGUCCAGACUAUAUGAUGGCCGAUGAUGACUAUUAUUGUCAACAGCAGCAACAGCAGCCUCAGCAACAACCCUAUCAGUGGUGCUUUCCGUUUUUGCAGAUCGGUGCCGAAGAAGAAAUCGUGAGCAAGGAUGACGAUAACAAGAUCCCGCACUACGAGGAGUUCAAGCAAUUCCUGCUCAAGAGAAUUCAACGGGAAUUUCAAGCUUGCGACAACAACAACAAUCAAGUGCAAGAUCUGAGUAUCAUGGAUCUGCGAACCACACCAAUGCCGCCCAACCUGCAAACAGUCGCUCUCGACGAAUCGAGUUAUUCCAAAGCGAAUUUAAUCAAUCAUAUGGAUCCUUUAGCAAUUACGUCAAAUGAUAGGCCGAGCUACGAAAUGCUGAAAGAGCCCGAAGGUGGCUCGCAGGGCUCAUUCCUGCUAAAGAGGAUGUUACAGGCACCAGUGGGUGCCAAUUUAGGCGAGAUUGCUAGCUCGCUCUUUUGGGCUAGCAAUCUAUUGGAUAAUUCUGAUACCUUGACCGCUGAAUCGGAGAACAACGAGAACGAGGAUCAGCUCGAAACUAACGUCAAAGAGUACUACGGUUUGCUGAAAAAUACCAGAAGCGAAUUUCUACUGAACGAGGAAAAUCUGAUGUCUCAGGUUCCGGAAACAAUCACCGGCGAUGAUCAGUACAGAUUUCCUAGCGAUAUAGACAAUCGGCCGAACCCCUAUCAGAACUGGACGAUCACCAGUGUCAUGGAGAUGCCUGAUACUGAUCUUCAGUCUUCCAAAGUAUAUCACGCAAUCUACUACAACAACACAGAUCCUACCGUGGCUACCGCAAACGACAAUAAUCUAGCUCAUCAGUAUCAAACUGAUAUCGCAUAUAACAGUGGCCAAAACUUCUUCAAUCUUGACGCGCAGGAUGCGACUGGUACGGACAUGAUAGUUAACGAUCCCAACGAUAUUUAUUAUCUGCAAAAUUUCGGCAAACACAAUAGUGAGAUGGGGACAGGUUAUUUCCGCAACGUGGAUACUUUUGGACAAAACAAUGCACAACAAAAUACUUACGCGAAUGAUCAGCAAUAUCAGUAUCAUUAUCCUCGAUUUAUUCAAGAAACAAAUAAUACGUUAAAUGAGAGACUGGAUCAGCAGCAAAACAAUGUUGUGACAGGGAUGGAAAAUGGUGUUAAUCACGAUAUUGAUGCGAUGAAUAUGCAGAGAUCAGCGAAUGGAACAAUAGAGUCAUUUUGGCCGAAGUGGACUGGCGAGACCAACAACAAUCUGGAGAACAUUCUGAACUAUCAUGUGUCCAAGCAAGUGGAUUAUGCCAAGUUGAGUCAGACGUCCUGCGUUUAUUGCUACGUGGCCCCGAUCGUCUCGCAGCGAUCUACCUUAAUGAAUAACGGUCACUGUUCGGUUGAACGAAGAUACACGGCCGAGCAACGGCAACACUCUUUCUCGCCUUAUUGGAUGUUGUAUAAUGACGCAUCGCAAGGUAUGCGAAUGACGAAUGUAUCCAGCGAUUCGUUCGUGCAACAUGACACGAUGACAAUGCACACAACCACCAUUCCCAGCAACGACAUACUGAAGGAGAUCGUCGGCGAUGUCCCCGAAGCCCCUAUCAAUGAUGUGUGGAUGAAUCAAUACGAGUCAUCGUCUAUCGGCGACGAUAUGACCGUCCCAAUCUCAGAUUCGCUCUUCUGUAAUGACAUUUCAAACGCGCCAACGAAGACGUAAGAGAGGCUCGCUCAAAGUAUUUAUGAUAGUAAACAGAUUAGUAACUAGAUUGAAUUUUUGUAAUUGAUACGAAUAACGUUCUCUAUAAGUCAUAAAAUCAUGAUAAACGAUUAUCAUUUUAUACGAUCAAGAUUCUUUCAAACUACGACAAAUCUUUGAUUAUUAUUCCGACUUGGAAUUGAAACAAUUAAAGUUCAUUAUUUUGCGUGAUUGCGUAUAAGACUUAUUAACGCACUCUUCCGCGUCCGCAUUACUUGCAAUAAGUGCAAUUAUUUUGCUUAAAACGAGAACGAUAUUCGAACAGAGAUCAUUAGCAAACAGAGAAGAAGCUGAAAUCAUUCAGAAGAUAGAUAACUAUAUCUAUCUUCGAAUGUACAUUUCUUCAGCUUCCAAUCAUUAGAUACACUUUAUUUUGAACGAAUAAAAAAAAAACAUUUCAAGGUUCUGUAUCUUAAAAGGGAGAAAAGGGGGGAGGGACAAAUGUGUUCCGUAGAUUAGAGAUAGAUUAAUAAAAUGCUUAUAUUAAUUAAAUACUUGAAAAAUAUCACGCGAGAUAUCGCAACUUUGAAAUAUGAAAAGGAUUAAAAUUUUUUUCAUGUUAACGAGGGAAAA